CACACACACACACACACACAAACACACACUCCCCCACAUACACACACCCUACUCUAACCCACACAGACAGAACUUCAGUGCUUUAUGUACUCCCCAUUGCGAAGACUCUCUUUCACUCUCUCCCUCUCUACAGUCAAAGACCUGCCCUCCCCCCCCUUCUCUCUUCCUUCCACUCACCCUCUCCUCCUCCUUUCCCUUCCCUUCCUCCUCUCCGUAUCUCCCUCUAACCCUCCCUCUCUUCCUCCCUCUCCCCCUCCUCCUCCUCCUCCUCUCCUCCCCUUAACUUCCAACCUGCUCGGACAGCAUGCUGCAAACCCCUCUCCCAUCACUCACUCGCUCCUGCUGCCUCUAUAACUGGCUGGCUCCCUCUCUCCUCCGGCAGAACGGAGAGCAGCAGCUGAGCGGAGUGGAUCUCGCCUCCUCAGCUCCUACUAACUGCUACACCUGGAGAACAGCUACAGCUUCAGCCACAGAACAUACCAGAACGCUUAUCCAGCAACAGAAGUACAGAUAUAUCACUCCAUCCACUUUUUUUAACAAAAAAAAAAAAAAAAACUUGGACGCUCUUCACUGUACUCGCUUUUUUUUUUUCUUCAAAGUUUUUUGGCAUGUUUUAUUUCCAUCGUUCAACCCAGGAAAAGAAAAAAGAAAAUUUUGGAGGAGAAACAAGGAGAGGAGAGCAAUUUUAAGAAAAAAAGACAGAGAGAGAGUGUCAUUUGGAGAUAAGGAGGACUUUGGAUGCAUUUCUGUUGGGAUAGUCCCAUAGACCAUUAGACCUCCUCUGACAGUGUGGUACUGAGUUUGCAGGCUUCUUCAUCCGAGAGGGGCAUUAUCACCUGGAUUGACCUACAGAAUCGAACUGAUUUUUGUUUUUGUUUUGUUCUUGAAUUUUUUUCUCCCCUCUUUUGCACUUCUUUGUUUCACCACAGCUUGCUGGAAACAUUUGUGAGAGUGAACCCUCUCCCCGUCUCUCUCACUCCCUCUUUCUCUCCCUCUGGGUCUGUGAGAAAAAUAACUGAACAGAACAGAACUCAACUGACCAGAGGCCGUGCAGGACAGACAACGCUUCGGAAGAGACAAGCAGUAAAAUGUUCUGUUCAAGAAGACUUCUCCAGCAGUGGUGCUUGGCAGUGUUCUUACUGUGCUCUCCUGUGCCACAUUAUGGGAGGCCCAUAGAUGCUCUCAGCAACAGAAUGAAGCGCUCAGUGACCCACGCACAGCUGAUGCACGACAAAGGCCGAACGCUGCAAGACUACAAACGUCGCAUGUGGCUGCAAGAGCUCUUGGAUGUGGUCCACACCGCCGAGACCCGUGAAGUGCCCGUCCGGACUGGCGUCAGCAGCAGCAGCGGCGCCGGGGUCGGGUUGGGCGUCGGAGGCGGCGUCAGCGCUGGCAUGGGGAUGAGCCUGGCGACAGGAGGGAGCACCCUCCACCCGAAACACUCGGGGGGCAACAAGAACAUCAGCUUCCGGCUGGAGGACGAGGAGGGGACCAACCUUCCGCAGGAGACCAACAAGUCGCAGACGUACAAGGACGCGGCGCUGAAAGUGGCCGGAAAGAAGAAGAAGAAAGGGCGGUCCGGGAAACGGCGGGAGGGGGAGAAGAGGAAGAGAAGGGCACGAUCGUUGGCGUGGGCGCGAGCAGAAGAGCCUGGGAGCGGCUACCACCUGGAGUGGCGGCCAUACUUUGACCUGCAGUGGGCACUGCACUAGAACACUGUCAGUAUUUGACAACGAAACGAAAGGACAUUUCAAAUGGACACCUAAAUACUCAUGUUGCAGUAUUCUGUAAUAGUGAUUGUUUGGAAAGUGAUGCGGAAUAUAUUUAUUGUCUGUAAAUAUUCUCAACACACCAGAAUAGUAAUAAUAAUGACAAUAAAAAUAUGAUAAAACCUUA